GAAUGAAACUACUGUUUUGCUUGCAUGGAGCUGCAGUCCAGAAGUAAAUCCUGAUCUGAUCUUUAUUAUACUACAACGUUUUCAGUGUACGAACCUUCACGAUGGGUCGGAAGGAGAAGAUUGGCAGGCGGAGGAAGGAUAAGUUUUACCACUUAGCCAAAGAAACAGGUUAUCGAGCUCGUUCUGCCUUCAAGCUAAUCCAGCUCAAUAGGAAGUUCAACUUCCUUGAGAAGGCUCGAGUAUGCCUGGAUUUGUGUGCAGCUCCUGGUGGUUGGUGUCAAGUUGCUGUGAAACACAUGCCCAUCUCCAGUCUUGUCAUUGGUGUUGAUCUUGUGUCCAUCAAACCGAUUCAUAAGAACGUGAAGUGCUUGCAGGAGGACAUCACAACUGACAAAUGUCGCAGUGCUAUUCGGCGUGAGCUGAAGACAUGGAAAGCAGAUGUAGUGCUGAACGACGGUGCUCCUAAUGUCGGUGCAGCUUGGCUGCAAGAUGCGUUCACCCAAUCAGAACUGACUCUGGCUGCUCUGAAGUUGGCGUGCGACUUCCUGGUGCCCAACGGUACUUUUGUAACGAAGAUUUUCCGCUCAAAAGACUACCAGGCACUUAUGGACACAUUUAACCAGCUCUUUCGCAAGGUGCAUGCCACGAAACCGCAGGCUUCUCGUUUGGAGUCAGCGGAAAUCUUCGUUGUUUGUCAAGGCUACAAGGCACCAAAGAAGGUUGACCCAAAGCUUGUAGAUCCAAAGGUGGUAUUCCAGGACGACAAUACUGAGCCAGCCAAGCCAGAUAUCUUCAACCCACAGAAAAAGGUUGCAGUCGAAGGGUAUGAAGAAGGCCUGAGUACGGUGUACCGGGAGUGCAAGGUGUCACAAUUUGUCACGGCUAAGGAUCAUCUUGAGUACCUUGGUGGUGCCAGCAAGCUUCUUUUCGACAGCAAGAUAUUUGCAAACCAUCCGUUGACAACAGACGAUAUCAAGGAAUACUGUGAAGACAUCAAGGUGCUGGGGAAGCGCGAGUUGCGUGGACUGUUGAAAUGGCGCUUGGCCAUGCGCAAGGUUCUCGAAGAGAUUGACAAGGAAGAAGGAGCUGCAGGCGAAGAAGACAUGGAUGCUCAGGAAAAACCAGCGGAGAGUGAUAGUGAGGCAGAUGAAGAGGCAGCUGUAAAUGAAGCUUUAGCAGCAGUGAAGGCAGCACAGCGUACCAAGAAGAAGCGUGAGCAUCGUGACAUGAUGAAGCAGAAGAAGAAGAUGGAGAAGGAGAUAAAUUUGAAAAUGAGACAUGUUGGAGACACACCGACCACCUCUGACGACCAGAACCUGUUUAACCUGCGAUCCCUGCGCAGUUCGGCAGUGCUGGACACGUUCACAGGCAAGAAUGUUGUGGAAGAUCAGCCAGAGAAUGAGGCCAACUUUGUGCCCGGUGAAGAUGUAGACGAGGGCAUGGAUAGUGAUGAUGCUGGCAGCGCUCGCAAUACCGGACUAGCUGAUAGUGAUAGUGAUGAUGAUGAGUGGGUGGAUCAGACAGAGCAAGCGCAGGCGUUUGCACUGGGCGACGUUCACGACUCUGAUGACGACAAGUCGCUACAUCAGCUGGCUGAAGAGAAUGAACAGGACGACGAUGAUGAGGAAGGCGGCGAACUUCAGUGGGAGAGUGAAGAUGAUGAGAAUCCACUCGUUGUCAGUAUGGAAGAGAAAGAUGAGAAUUCCCAGACAUCCCGUUGGUUUAGUGAUGCAGCGUUUGCAGAAGUGGAAAUGCAGGAUGAUGAUGACUUUGUCACCACCAACAAAAGUGACCCUGCUGCUCAAGACAAAAAGAAGAAGAAAAAGAGUAAAAAGGAGCAAGACACAACCGCCACAAGCAAAACCACGGACAAGAAAGAAGUAAAAAAGAAGGAGAAGAAGAAAGCAGAAAAGGUGCAGGUACAGAAGAAAGAGCCCAUCGUCGAUACUGAUGAUGAUAGUGACGAUGACGACGAUGAUGAGGAUGGUGAUGAUUUUGGAAGAGAAAACCAAGAAGUGGGUGUUGCAACCGAGAAUGGAAAGAAAAAGCAAGGCCAGAAUCCGUUUGAGCGAAUAGAUUCGAAAAAGAAGCAGCUGAGUGCUGCUCAGCUAGCCCUUGGCAGCCUGAUGCUGAACUCACGGAAGAACAAAGAAACGAUAGAAGAUAUGGCGUACAACAGGUAUUCAUACAGUGAUGAAGGUCUGCCAGCAUGGUUUGUGGAAAAUGAGACGAAGCAUGUGAAGCGACAGAUGCCUAUUACCAAGGAAAUGGUCAAUGAGUACAAGGCUAGAAUUCGGGAGAUCAAUUCUCGUCCUGUGAAGAAGAUUGCUGAGGCCAAGGCUCGCAAGAAGCGCAAGGCUAUACGGCGGGUAGAGAAGAUCAAGAAGCAGGCCACGGCCAUUGAUCAGCAAGAUUCGUCAUCAGCAGAAAAAGCCAAGGAACUCAAGAGAGUGUACAUGAAACUUGGAAUGGCCAAUAAGCAGAAACAAAAGACUACUUAUGUUGUUGCGAAAAAAUCCGGAGCUACCAAGCAAGCGAAACGGCCUGAUGGUGUCAAGGGCAAGUACAAGGUGGUAGACCCUCGAAUGAAGAAAGAUCUCGGUCGAACAAAGUCAAAAGGCAGAGGCAAGGCUGGUAAAGGUGGCAAGGCCGGCAAAGGCGCUAAAGGUGGCAAAGCGGGUAAAGCUGGUAAAGGUGGCAGCAAAGGCGGUGGCAAGAGACGGUAGACUAGGAGUAUAGUGCAAAGACGAUGAGCACAAUACUCUGCAGAUCUCAGCUGUCUUUUCCCUGUGACACUGGCCCUUGUAUAUGUAUCUGUAUAUAGAAAUGGACUACCCCAUCAGAUGAAAUAAUUAAUUUUCUUUGUUUAUGUUUGCCCAGCCAUGUCCCAUUUUGUACAUACUUUCCAUGGCAUGUGGCAGUGCAAACAAGACCAAGAUGAGUCCAUGAACAUUGUACAUACCAAUUUUAGAAAGGCAUUCUGCUAUUUAGUUAGAUGUACUGUACCCUUUCCAGUGAUUUGUAUAGCGAAAAUAAUAGUGAUGUCUUGAGGAUGUCAAGAAGUGAA